GUGUCGCAGACACUUCAAGCUGCUCUGAGGAUGUUGCAGUGGAAACUCUGAGUCUCUUCAGUCUCUCUUUGCUGAUAGACUUGCCAAGACUCCUACUCAGCGAUUCCAGGACACCCCAAAAGCAUACCUUCCCUUUCCCUGUACAGGAGUAAACAAGGUGGCACGAAUUGGAUGAGAGAAGUCUAAUUAAGCAAGAGCCAGGAGAUAGCUGAAAACGGAGAAGGAUGCACCUGGGAGUCUGUCUCGGAGCCUUUGUUCUUGUCCUCCCUUUGUCCUCAUCCUCUGAAUCGCACAAAGUGGACAUCUCUGGGCGCCGCGUAACUGUCACCUGCCCUCUACAAAAUGCCAAAUGGGACGAGGACGAUAAAAUGAAUGGAAAUCAUCAUGUCACCAGAGAAAAUGAAACCUUGACCAUUGAAGCCAUGAAUGACAACGAAGUGGUCAAGGGUGACUUCACCUGUCAGGAUGGCAAGACAUCCAACAAGAUUUAUCUGCAAAUCAAAGCCUGUGAUGACUGCGUGGACCUGAGCAUCGGGCUGGUGGCCGGCAUCAUCGUUGCUGACCUGCUCAUUACCCUGGGGAUCAUGUUCCUGGUCUACUACUGCCGCAGCAAGAAACCUGCCACCAGCUUUGGUGGGGGGGCCGCAGGGGGAGGCACACGGGGACGGACACGAGGCCAAAAGGUGGACCGCCCCCCACCAGUCCCAAACCCAGACUAUGAGCCCAUCCGGAAAGGCCAGCGGGAGGUGUAUGCUGGGCUGGAGCCCAGGGCCUUCUGAGACAUACCACAGUCUCUGGGUGAAGCCGCAGUGCCACGAAACCUCAUUGUUGCUGACUGCUGGUGGCACCGCCGUCUCCCUUUGCCACCAGCAGCUUCCCUUGGUGGCAGGUGGGUCACCACACACCUCUCCCUGAGUCUCACAGCCUGGAAAACCAUCCUCCUUUUCUGCAGCUCAGUCCACUCCCUUCAGUGGGUCCAGGUGCACCUCCGAUGGGGUCCUUCCCAGCUUCUUGAUGGCCCAGUAGAAGUGCUUCCUUCUGGGUCAGACAAUCGUCGUAUCCAAGCCAUGCCUGGAGCAACUUCAGCCCUGCACUGCAGAGAGGGAUGUGGGGCACAGAGUCACAGGGGGGACAAGUCACGGGGACUGGGAAGGGUGUUAUGGGCUUAGGGUCAUAGGCCACUUGGGCUUACACUGUGAACUGUGUUCCAACCCUGAGCCAGCUCAGAUUCUCCUGAUUCCUCUUCUCUAGCCACACACCUGGGCAGGAGCUGGUUGCUGGGUCAUGCAGGUGGGGGAAGAAAUGCUGGGCAGAGAGGUUUGUCCCAUCUCUAGAGCCUUAACUAUGGGGGCUGACAGAAGCUGAGCCCUGUUCUAAGGCAUCUCGCCUUUGUUCAUUCAUCAGUCCCAGCCCUUCUCCACCACAUCAGCCCACCUUUAAACCACUUUGUAGUCUGGUCCCCACCCCACCCCACCCCAAAAGUGCUCCUGUGACCCAGGGAGGAGGGUUGGUCCUGAUUGAAUAACCUCAGCUGACUCCUCCGCUGCCUUUCUCUCCCCCAGCCAUGCUGUGUUUGGGCACCACAGUAGAUGCGCUGACCCCUCGGGGCACAGAACUGUACAGUAUGUAUUUUGUUUUGGUUGUGUUUGCAAGGAAUUCUAAUAAAGUGCCUUCCAGGCCAGCAUGCUGUAUCACACUGGCUCUCUUUGCAUGUCAUUCUUUAAUGGGUUGGUAUGUUCCCUGCUGGGAACUCCUGGUGACUUUGCAACUAACAGGGGAUUCAAGAAAAUUCACAGAUGUGGCAUA